CAACCGGAGUAAAAAGGCUGCGACCUCAUCGAGAUUUUAAUAUCUAUUUUUCCCCUCUUUCUCUUACUCUUCUUUCUUUUUUUUUUUUAAAAAAAAGAAAGAAAAAGGGAAAAAAAGUGUCCAAUGCACUUUUUCCCAAGCUUCCGCGUUUAGCAACUUCGGUUUCUUCCGGAAACGUCUUAUUUUCUUUUUUUCUUUUCUGUUCCCGGAGUAAGAGCCACGGUGUAAAAUGGUAGUGUUUAUUUUCACUUGGUAUUUGUGAAAGAAGAUUGGAUAAUAUCGUGCAACGACAACACGAGUUUAUACAAAGAAAUGACCAUUUACGAAAGGCUGAAGGCCGGGUGUUUCAAAAAGAAAGAAUUAUUUGAAGAUCCCGAUUUUCCAGCAACCCAGUCUUCCGUAUUUUACCAUCAGACGUCUCCAUUCCAGUUCGUUUGGAAACGACCUACGGAGUUAUGUGCUGAUCCCAUAUUUGUGGAUGACGCACCAGAAAAGUUAAAGAUUGUUGCUGGAAAGCUAGGUGAUCCAUGGUUUGUGUCAUGCGUCGGUUGCUUAGCCAGCACGAGGGGACUAUUCUACAGAGUGGUGCCGGCAGAUCAGAACUUCGCGUCUUCAGACUAUGCAGGAAUCUUUCGUUUUCGAGUCUGGUGGUGUGGAGAAUGGAAAGAAGUAGUUGUUGAUGACAGGUUACCUACCGUAGCUAAUCGCUUGAUUUUCGUCCACAGUUUUUCGGGUAAAACGUUCUGGCCAGCUUUGCUAGAGAAAGCUUAUGCGAAAUUACAUGGUUCCUAUGAAGCGCUUAAAUAUGGAUCUUCCUUGGAUUGUCUUGCAGACCUUUCUGGAGGUAUAACAGAGAGCAUAUCUGUUGGCUACGAACCAGCCAGUUGUGCCAAAAUUAUUAUGAAGUUGCUUAAAAUGACAACAGUUGUGACUGCCAUCACUCAGCGGCAGCUGCAACCUAGAAAUGCUAUGGAGAAAUUACCAAAUGGAAUUCUUGCAGGGAUUAACUACAGAGUGAUCAGUGUUCAGAAGUUGCCAACACAGGACGGUUUAGAGGUAACAUUAGUUUGGUUGAAAGAUCUUCUUUAUGUAGACUGUCAGUAUAAUGGCCAUGUUGAAGAGUUAUUUCCAGCAAUCAAAGAUAUUUCUAAACCAGCAGCUGACCAGUUUUGCAUGCCGCUAGAUGAGUUUAUGACAACUUUUACGACUUUGGAGGUAGUGCACUUGGAUGGCGAUACAAGUAAAGCAGAGAGUAGCCUAAAAAACCGAGAUCCAUGGCACGUGAAACUUUGGCAUGGUCACUGGCAGAAAGGUGUCAACGCCGGUGGAUGCAGGAAUCAUUCCGACACCUUUCAUGUCAAUCCACAAAUGCAGAUAGUUGUAGGGGAAUCACAAGACAUGAUAGUUUGCUUAGCACAACAUAUAGUUCUUGAACCUCGAGUUAUUGGUUUCAGCAUUUAUCAGAUGUCCAAACCUACAUCAGAAGUAUUGGGAAAAUCCUUCUUCAAAAUCAACAAAUCGAUUUUGAAUUCUCCGUACAGUAAUAGUCGACAAGUUUCAGUGAGAUGCCACUUGGAACAAGGAUGUUUUGUUCUUCUUCCAACAACAUUUGAACCCUGCCAAGAAGCAAAUUAUACCCUUCGAGUCUUGUCAACAAAACCAAUACGAAUGAAACUCCUGGAUUUUCUUCCUACAUCUAUGAAACCGGCAAUCAUACAAGCACCUACGACAAAUGACAAAGUCAGUUCAUAUGAAGCCGUUUUCUUAAGACUUGCUGAUGAACAUAAAACUAUAUCUGCAUUUGAACUACUGGAACUGCUGGAAACGUGUCUUCCAAAUGACUACAUCAAAAGUUGUGCUACUCUGGAAGUCUGCAGACAAAUUAUACUUGCUUUGGAUAAAAGUGGAAGUGGACGACUGAAAUAUCAAGAUUACAAAAAUCUGAUGUGCAGUUUAAAGCUUUGGCAGACAAUAUUCAGAAGUCACAGCAGAGGAUCAUCUGGCAUCUUAAGGGCUGAGAAAUUAAGAGCAGCACUUAUGGAUGUUGGAUUUCAAGUGAAUGUUGAUGCUUUGUCACUCUUAGUGUUACGUUAUAUGCGUAAGGAUGGCACACUUAGAUUUGGAGAUUUUGUGCUUUGCAUACUGCAUCUUAUGGUUGCAUUUGGUACAUUUGAAAAGAAGGACUUAAUGCAAAAUGGCUUUGUAAAAACUACACUGGCAGAAUGGUUGCAGGCAUCCUUACAAUGCUGAAGAAAAUUCUAGACAUGGAGAAGGAAGCCAGACUUCAUAUUUCAUAAUAAUCAUUUUAUAAUCAUUGUCAUAAGAAUACUUUUAAAUAAAUUCUAAAUCUCAGACAUA